AUGGAUCCCGACGCGCCUGUAGCCAAUGAGCCGCAACCCUCCGUAUUCCGCUGGGUCCUGGGCUUCCUGAUAGUAGGCGCCUGUUGGGGGCUCACCACGCCCUUUAUGCGCAAGGCCGCAAUAAACUACACGCCGCCCCAGCGCCCUGCCCUGACCGAUCCAGACAAUUCCUGGCUCAAGAAGAAAGUCCUUGGCGUCUUGUAUGCUGUCAUUGGAGUACUCAGUCGGCCCGCCUAUGCCAUACCGCUACUGCUAAACGUCACGGGGAGCGUGUGGUUCUUCAUAUUGAUCGGAAAGGCGGAAUUAAGUUUGACAGUGCCCAUCACAAACUCGCUGGCAUUCAUGUUCACGGUGCUGGGCGAGUGGUGGAUACCUGGAUAG